CUAUUUCAUUACGCCGUUACCUGCAAUUGCAGUAUAGCUACGAUAUUUGAGUGUUUUUACACUACCAAAUUAUUGAAAAAGAUUAAUUUAUUCAACAAAAACUUCCCUCUUUAUAGCUAUUAGUUUCAUACUAUUUCUUAUUUAUAAGACAAAUCCUUCCAACAAAAUGUUCAAUGGCAUGGUUCAAACCAUACGAAAUAGUAUCGUAGGGACGUAUCCUUCGUGCCAUGUAAAUUCCCGUCUGGAUGAAAGGCGAGCUAAAGCUAGAGCUUUGAGGGCAGAGCGUCGAAGAAAGCCUGAUAAACCCGAUGACUUUGUGACGUAUGAGGAUUCCGGUAGUGAUGAGGAAACUCCAGAGCAACAGGAGGAAGUUCUUCACACAUCUUACAAUGUUUAUGAUUUUAUUCGCAGCAGGGAGAAUGGCUUGAAUGAAAGACGCAGUUUUAACUUCGAGCAAACCAGUCGCUAUGUUUUAACGCAUGAUAUGCUGCGGGAAACGCAAAUAAGUUUAGGGUACAUUAACAAGGUAUUUUGCUCAAAAUGGUUAAGCAAUCGUCAAGUAAUUUUUGGCACUAAAUGCAAUAAGCUUUUGGUUUACGAUGUAAAUAUGCGUCGUGUUGAUGCAAUUCCUACACUGUCAACAAAUCGACCCAAUCAUCCCGAGGUCCAAGGUGGACUGCAUGCAAUCGAAAUUAAUCCAAGUCGUACAUACUUGGCCACUGGGGCAAGAAACUCUGCCGAUAUUGCUAUAUAUCGUUUGCCAACUCUAGAUCCUGUAUGUGUUGGUGAAAAUGGACAUAGAGAUCUGAUUAUGGGAAUGUGUUGGCUUGAUGACCAGUUUAUAGUGUCCGGGUCGAAGGAUUCACGCAUGGCUCUGUGGCGUGUUAAUGAAGAACACAUGGAAUUUCCAGAUGGGGGUAAAGAAUUUUGCCCAACUGUCGCCACAAUUAAUCCACUAUGUGUUCGUGACUGCCGCACAGCCCAGAGAAUUCGGUCUUUGUGUUUCAAUAAAGAAUUUCGGGAAAUAGCAGCCCUCUCUUUGAAUGGGUAUAUACAUGUGUUUAAUGCUGAAACAUUUAAACAGAAAUUAUCACGUAAACUGCCAAAUUGUCAAGAUAAUGUAAGUAUAGCAUACCACAGUGAUGGCCUAUACGCCAUUGGAUGUCGUUCAUAUACAAUUUUAUUGGAUACAAGAACUUUGCAGACAAUCAAAAAAAUAACUUCACGUUAUAGCGGCUGUGGAAUACGCGCCACAUCCUUUGAGGGUAACUUACUUACAGUUGGUACCGGCCUGGGAAUGCUUUUAUUCUAUGACAUUCGUGCUGGAAAAUACUUGGAGAGUAGUGUUAAUGCAUCACGUACCGUGACAUUGAAAUGCAGUAAAGGUAUAGUGUAUCCGGAAGAUGAAAUGGACGGUUUCAAUGUAAAAUAUGUUCCCGCAAUUUAUACACAUUGUUAUGAUAGUACUGGAAUGCGUCUCUUUGCUGCCGGCGGUCCUUUGCCAGCGACUUUAGUGGGAAACUACGCUGGGGUUUGGCAGUAAUUUGUAUGCCCCCGUCAGAGCUUAGCCUAGUUUCAUUUGUUAUUAAGUAUAGCAAAGUGAGAAUUUAAAACUGAUUAAAAUUUAAGUUAAUUUAGGAAAAAUUAAAUAUUCUAGUUUAUAGACAGUCAAUCUUCAUCUAUGGUAUCCUUGCCUGGUGUAUAGUAUAUGCGCAAUAUAUAUUUUUUAAAACAAUAUGUAUUUUCCUGCUACUUAAAUUAACCGUUCGCAUUAAAGCAUUUGAAAAAUUGGAAGUAAUUUUCAAUCACAAUAACAAAGUGAAACUUUUUGUAAAAAAUAAUCAAUAGCUGCAACAGAAACUACUUUCAAAAUUCCGUAACACCGUAAUGUCUUAAAAACCAAAAACAUAUUACGACAUUUUUAAAUUACUAUUCCCAUAACAGUUGCAAAACGGCAACCUAUCCUAGAUUUAAAAGCUUUCUCAUUAUUAGAAUUGUUAGAAAAAAUUAAGGAUUUCUGUAGGACGUUUUUCUUUAAUAUGGAUUACAUUGUAGAUACGCAUAAUUGUGAUGUAUAA